AUGUCAUCAAAUAGUGAGUCGGAAGAGGAAAUUUUGCUCCAAAAAAAGAUCAACGUUUUCAAUUCGUUAAUGGAAGAUGAAAACGAUCCUUCCAGCGAAGAAGAGAAUCGUGUUAAAACAAACAAUGUGCCUUCUACCUCGAAAACAGAACCGGAGGGAGAUACUUUACCUUCUAAACAAAAAGGAAAGAAAAAGAAGGGGAAGAGUGUAAAGCAGGAAUCCGACGAUGAUGAAUUCGAUAAACUUCUAGCUGAUUUAGGCACUUUAGAAGUAAAGAAUAAUGAUAAAUCCGAUCCCAAACCUGAAGAAUCCUCCAAAGAUCCAAAUUCAGAAGAACAGAAAGAAACACAGGAAAUCAGCUCUAAAACUCUGAAGAACAAACUUAAGAAGGAGAAGAAAAAGCAGGCAAAAUUACAGAAGAAGGAAUCACAAGCUGAAGAAGUUGAGGAAAAAACUGUAGCCCCUAAGAAGCCACUCUCACAAGCUGCAAGAAUGGCAGCUGAAGUACAACGUAAACUGCGUGAGAUGGAAGAACAGGCGAAAAGAGAAGAGGAAGAAAGACUGAGAAUAGAGGAGGAGGAAAGAAGAAAAGAAGAGGAGGAAGAGCGAGAACGCCUUGCAAUUCUGGAGAAGAAAAGACAACAAAGGAAGGAGAAAAGAGAACGUAAAAAGAAGGAGGGAAAGCCAACCUCAGCAAAAGAAAAGGCUGCUGCCGAAAUGAGUAAAAGAUUUUUAGAACAGUUUGGAAAAGCGAUACUUGACGAAAAUCAAAAUGAACAGCCCAAAAAAACAUUACCUCAGAAGAAACCCAAGAGGGUAAAAUCUGUCCAAUUUGAAGAAACAGAAGAUAACCCAAAUGAACAGCAGGAACCAACUUCAGAUGAUCUUAAUGAAGAAGAUACAGUCAGCGAAAGCGAUAUUGAUAAUUGGGAAGAUCUAGACUAUGAAAAGGAAACUAACCAAACAAUUGCCACAAAACCUGUUAAAUCUGUAAAAUAUGUUGUGAAUGAAGUGGAUGACGAUGUUUAUGAUUUCAGAUCACCGAUAUGUUGUGUUUUAGGACACGUUGAUACAGGAAAGACCAAGUUACUCGACAAAAUAAGACAUAGUAACGUGCAAAACGCAGAAGCAGGUGGUAUAACUCAGCAAAUCGGAGCCACUUUCUUUCCCAAAGAUUUACUUGACAUGCAUUGCCACAAGAUUGAUGAGGAAAUGUACGUAAAAUCUCCAGGACUUCUUAUCAUUGAUACUCCCGGACAUGAAUCGUUCAAUAACCUGAGAGCCAGAGGCUCUUCUUUGUGUGAUAUCGCUAUUUUGGUGGUUGACAUUAUGCACGGACUUGAGCCCCAAACCAUCGAGAGCAUCAACCUUCUAAAGGCCAGAAAGUGCUACUUUGUAAUUGCACUAAACAAAAUUGAUCGGAUCUACAACUGGAGUUCCACACCCUGGCUAACAUUUAGAGAAUCUCUUGAAAAACAGCCCAAAGAAUCCCAAUUAGAGUUCAGUGACAGGACCAAACAAAUCAUGCUAGAGUUGAGUGAAAACGGACUUAACUCUUCUCUUUACUGGGAAAAUGAUAACAUCAAAAAGAACGUUUCCAUUUGCCCAACCUCCGCAAUCACCGGUGAAGGCAUUUCUGACCUCCUAUACCUGCUUGUUCAGCUCACACAGCUGUUAAUGAGUAAACGCCUUACCUUUUCGCAAAAGCUGAAAUGUACAGUUCUCGAAGUUAAAACUAUCGAGGGACUUGGAGUCACAAUUGAUGUAAUAUUAUUGGAUGGAAUUUUGAGAGAAGGAGAUAAAAUAGUUUUGUGCGGGUUAUCAGGACCAAUAGUGACGACAAUUAGGACCCUGCUGACACCACAACCAUUAUCUGAACUCAGAGUCAAGGGCGAAUACGUGAAACAUUCAUACAUAAAAGCGGCAAUGAGUGUUAAAAUCGUUGCUAACGGGUUGGAUGACACAGUUGCAGGAACAGAAUUGUUCGUGGUUGGUGAAGGCGACGAUGUCGACGAGCUGUGCAAUGAAGUGAUGACUGACAUCUCGUCAAUUUUCGACUGCAUUGACCGCACCGGUAUCGGAGUGUAUGUCAUGGCCUCGACCCUGGGGUCUCUGGAGGCCCUCUUGCACUUUCUAAACGACAAGAAAAUCAAGAUCUAUUCCGUUAAUAUCGGGCCAGUGCAGAAGAAAGACGUGAAAAAGGCGUCAAUUAUGCGUGAAAAGGGGCACCCAGAGUACUCAACGAUUCUUGCUUUUGACAUCAAGGUUACCCAGGAUGCCGAAAAAGAGGCUGAAAUCCUGGGAGUCAAGCUUCUUUCAGCUGAUAUUAUUUAUCAUCUGCUGGACUCGUUUCUCGCAUAUAUGGACCAGGUUCAGGAGGAGAGAAAGCAACAGCAAAUCCAAAACGUAGUAUUCCCCUGCGAAUUAACUAUUCUACCCCAUUGUGUGUUCAACAAAAAGGACCCGUUUGUAUUUGGAGUUCAUGUGGAUGCAGGUGUUCUCAAAUCAAAUACACCUCUUGUUGCAAUUACUAAAACUUCACAAUUGUUUUUGGGUCGAGUUGCUAGUUUGGAACAUAACAAGAAACCGGUUGAGCAGGCAUUGAAAGGUCAGGAAGUCUGUAUCAAGGUUGUAGGAGAACCGAACGUUGCAUAUGGACGACACUUCGACCACACCAACAAGGUCUACUCUAAGAUCACGAGGGAAUCUAUCGACAUUCUAAAGGAGUACUUCCGAGAGGAAGUGGCAAUGGACGGGUGGAAGCUGGUUGCUCAGUUGAAGAAGGUUUUCAAUAUUUUCUAA